AAAAAUGCAAAACUCCUGACACGUGCCAUUGAUUUUUCACGAAUUCUCGUGUAGCAGGAAACUCAUGUGCGCUUGAAAAAGGAUAAAGAAUUUCACACGCAGAGGAAAAGUCUAAAGGCGCCAAAAAAUUGCCCUACCUCCAUUUGAAUUUUCCAAAAAUAUAAAUGGAAGAAAAUGAAGGGGUUUUCAUGCAAAAUUAAAAUGCAUUGUAGCUGGUUAAUUUCCAUGCUUUUGAGAAAGGCGUGGCGCGACACUGAUAAGAACUCCACAUAUGCAAUCAGCGAGAAAUGAAUGGAGGUGCUUGAAUUCCACUUGAAAUUGCCUGAUAAAGACCAUGGAGGAGCGUGCGAUGGCAAAAGCACCCCCAUUGCUAAUUGAAUGUUCCCUGGACAGGCACAUGGUGUUUUCUCCAAUUAAUCUACGCCCGUGUGGUUGAUUAGUGUUCUUUUUUUGCACUUCUUUUCUGCCAAGUAUACGUGAUAUUUUUAGGCCAAAGUGAAAAGCAAUAGAGCCAUUGAGAGGUUGAGCCUCAUUUGUUUCAAGUGGAAGCCACCUCUCAUUCAAUAUUUGCAGAAAAUUUGCUAUGGGGCAAAAAUAGCCUUGGCAGGCGUGUGGAAGAGCACUACUAAAACAUCGUGAUUUGUUGGAUAAGCACGGAUUUAGCACCAAACUAUUGCAACACAUUUUUACCACUCCAUUAGGAAGACGUUGAAUGGGUAUUUUGUGCCCAGGGGGCAAUAAGAAGGCUUUUCUUAUACAUUUCGUCACAAUAAAAUUGUUGAAAAAGAAUUAUGUAAAAAUAAGGGGUGUGUGGAAUUUUUCGCCAUUAAUGUAUGAUUGAUAAUGAUCAGAAUGAAAAAUUUUUCUUUAUAAAAAUAUAAUCUUUAUUUUCUUUUACAAAAAUUUAAAACAUUAACAAAUUACAAGAUGAAGAAACAAGGAAAUUAUGAACAAAUGAACAAAUUUUAGACGAAUAAAAUGUUUGUAAAUUCAUUUUCCUUUUUUUGAAAUAUUUUUAAACAUCUUUCAGGAAUGAGAUGAAACAAAAGUAACUCGGCGCGAUUUUCAAAUUGAGUAUGAUAAAAUAUUUUGCAUGACAAUCCUUUGAAUCAAAUGAUUUUUUUCCAAUUAAAAAAAUCAUGAAGCAUACAUUUUCCAUUAUACAUAUACAAGGGGAAAAGGAAGUACCGAAAGAAAUUUUAUUUUGAGUUUCAAAAAAUCAUUUAAUUUACACAAGCUAUCAAUUGAAUGCGGAUGUGAUGAAGUCAAAUUCUAAUAACUAUAUUACUCUUGCCUAAUCUAAAUCAGAUAAAAACCAGCUGUAAUGCAAACUUAUUUUUGACGCGACAGAACGCUGAUAAGACAGAUUAAUUUUAGAUUUGUUUACUUCCUAAAAAAAUUCUCCAAUAUAAGAGCUGAUGUUGGUAAGUCCAAAGUGGACAAAGUUUUGAAAAUGCGCACUUGCCUUUAAUUCACGCACAUCUCUGACCUUAGCGAUUGCAUUAACUUUGUUGUUUACUUUGGCUGUAUAGUAAGUACAAGAUUAAAUAGCGAAGAAAAAACGAUCUCACAAAGCAAUAACCCCUGUUUCGAUAAUUGCCAGUUACAAAACUUUUUUUCUUCACUUCUUUAAAUACUUUUUUAAGGCCCAUUAUUGUGGGUAAUUAAGGCGUGUGUUGGUGAUUUUCAAGUUCAGUUUUGCUAGAGAGAGAGAAAUUUAAUGAAAUUUUGCAUAGUUGCUUCUGUGGAAAAUAACUCGAAAAGGUUUGUUAAAAUAAGACACGGAAAUUUCCUUUAAAGACUCUUCCCCUUCUAAUGUCGAUGCUUUAAAGAUAGACAAGGUGAAAAAAGAAGUCAAACAAAAUCACAAAUUGUGAUAAUUUUUUCAAUUCCCCCACACAUAUGCCUGUGCAAAUAAACAUUUCCAGUGUCAAGGCUGCGAUAUUUGGGCGCAAAAGACGAGAAAUUCGCGUUACGAUAACACACUGUCGUGGAUUUUCUUCCACUCCAUUUUCUGUUUUCAUUUCUUGCCUCUUCCAAAAAUAAGUCAACAAAAAAGAGCAGACGCUUUAUCGCAUUCAAUGGUUUGCGAACCACAAAAAAAACUAAAUUGACGAUUAAUUCAAAUUAAAUGGAAAUAGUUCUGCUAUAUACUUUCGUAAUAUUUAUAAAUUCGCUUUUUCUUCUUUAUUUUUCAAAAUAUCUUGUUUUGCUUUUUUUCAUCCUCUUAAUCUUAAUGUGAAUAUUUAAGGAACAUAUGUGCUAAAUGGCAAGACGAAUAAACAAUGACAUAAUCACUUGAGCCUGAAUCACAACUAACAAAUUUAUUUUAAACUCUCUCAGCUGUUUGCCUUUCCAUGGUCUUUGGGUUUUGGGGGAGUUGAUUAAAAUGAACCAAACAUCGUUCGAAACUUUGCGCCAAAAGAUACAAAGUGUUUAGUGAAGUUUUAAUGAAAAUAUUUGCUUUUGCCACACUCCCGCGCUAUUUCCCAAAGGGAAAAUCAAUAUUUAAAUCCCAAAAUCACGAUGGAAUUAACGCAUCAGUAGAAGGAUUUUCAUAACCGUGUACGCGGAAAUAUGAUUUAAAAUUACCUAAAUUUGAGGAUGAAAAUGUGAUUUAAGAAUGAAUUUGAGGGCAGGAUGAAGGUGCUGAAUUUAUAUUAAGUCGCAAAAAAACAUUGUUGCAGUUUUUAAAAGUAAUUUUAAAAAAAUAUUAUUUUUUUUACAAAAUUUUCGUACAAACCCAAGAAGAUUAUGUUAAAACUGUAACGUGAUUAGUUGCCAGGAUUAGGUAUGUCCUUAUUAUUAAUGCCACAGCAAAGGUCAAAAGUUCAAGAUUAAAACACGGUUACAUUUAAUAGAUACUUGAACAAAAUUGCGCAUCAAUUAAAAAUCAAUUUAUGAUUUUGGAUCUUUGUCUAUAAAGAAAAUAGGUGUGCCCACUGUAGUGGUUUUGUAUUGUGAGAAAAUGGAUUGAAAGGAAUGAUGAAUAAAUAUCCCCGUCAGGCUGAUUGAUUGUUUCGUGUUUCGAAGAAACUUUGUAUACCUAUAUGUAUGAUGGGAAAAGUCAACGGGGUGGUGAAUGGUAAUUGUGAAAAGUGUUGAUGGUGGUAGCAUGAAUAAUGUUACCGAGUGUUGAUGGAGGAGGGUUAGUUUUCACUGUAGGUCCUGUCUUAUUGAUUUUUUCGGUGUAGUAUACAUAGGUUUUUUGGCCCCUCCCGGGUGCAUUGGUCGGCCUGACUUCGCUUUCCUUAUUAUGGAAUAUGUUGAGCUUCGCCAUGCUCUACUUUUCGCACGUGCAUCCCCUACAUUCUCGGGCUAUAUGAAGGGGAAAGCUUCUCCUUGUAUGAGCCCCUGGGUGUGUGUAGAUGAAAUAAUUUUCAUCCUGUGAGUCUCUCUAUAUUUUCCUUUUAUCACGACGGAGUCUGCGGUAUAAUAGGGUGCAGGGUGGUUCGGGUACAAGAAAUGGGGAAGGGAUGGCGUCCCGAAUGCCAUUGAGGAGGGUAAAGGAAGGAAGGAAAAUUUUCAAGUGGGAAUAUUGUGCGAUGUGUCUCUGGGAAUCCACUCUGUGAGACUCUUUUGGGGGGAAUGACGCGCAUGUCCUUCUCUAUUGAUUACACAUUGAGGCAAGACUCUGGGAGAGAAUCAUUGAAAGUUCAAAGCAAUUCCCAAAGUGAAAUCUCACAGUGUUGACGGUAGAUUCUUUUGGAUGCUCAUUGCACUUUCUUUUUUUCCUUUCUACACAACACAUAUAACUUCCCUUUUCGCGGGAAAGGAAGUUGGACAAGAAAAAAGUUCUUUUUAGUGGAGUUGUGGUGCCAAAAAGGAAAAGUAAAGUGAGUUUAAUUUGCAAAGUACAAAAAGGGGAAGCAUCAAUCUUGGAGACCGUGACAGGUGCAUCGAUUAGAAGUGUGGCGUGCGCUAUGGAGGGAGACGCGUGAGGGGUGGUUAAUUUGUAAAAUGAACCAUUCAAAUGUGUGAAAGGAUUAACGAAUAUUUCAUGACAUUGUUUUCUGCGAUCCAUUUGCUGUUGCGGCACAUUCCAAAAUAACACAUCAUCCGCCCACAUAUCGGGGAAAGCCGAGAGAAGCUUCCACAACUGCGUAGUUUGAGGUAGGAACAAAAAAAGAGUUAGUUGAAGGAGACACACCGGAAACUCUCUGUUAUUCACACAGAAGCUCUCUUGUUUGGUAGUGGAAGAAAAUUUGUAAAAGAGAAGAAAAGUAAAAGUGGUGGACAGUGUUGGAAGAGUGCUUUGGAAGAAGAGAACAUAGAAAAGUAAAGCGGUGUGUGGAAUUUUUAUUUUGCUAUUAAAUACUUUUCAAUAUUGAACUGAAGGUGCCAGCGUUCACAUGCUAAAUUAUCGCUUGGUGUCGACACAUUUCCUCAAACAGCCGUAGUUUGUUUGUAUGAAAAAUUGUGCAAAAAUGUGCAGAGAUCGCGAUAUGUUGUGAGAGAUUUUCCCUGUGAAAAAAAAACGAGCAAAAAACUGGCGCUAAAAAUUUUUUAAUAUAAACUUUUGUGUGUGCAACAGAGCCUAAAUUUGGAGCUAAGUGGAAGAGCUUUUUUUUGCUGCAAAAAUAAAAAAAACGAAAGUGAAUUCUAUCAACAGACGAUCUGCACAGUUUAUUCAGCACAAUCCGCGUGAUUUUUCUCACUCUCUCCCGCCAAUUCGUGUGAUUUGGCAUUGGAGGUGCUCUAAGCACACGCCCUCGGGAUCACGCAAACGACGAUCCUGAAAAGCGAUUUUUUUGUGUGUCACGGGCGUUCAUUGGCGAUCACACGCGCAAAGAGAUCUUGGCACAUAGGAAGUGUUUUUUCAAGAGUGCCCGAAGAUUGUCGUAAUUUCUUAGAGAGCUAAAAGGUGCGCGCGCGAAAAUAGUGAGUGAACAUCAGCGGUGUAAUCAACAUCCCACACCCCACAUUUAUCUUGUUUUGUGUGAGACCAAAGGAAAAUUGGCCAAAAUCGAAUUGUUUGCGAAAAAUAUUUGGGAGUCUGUCAAGGCUUGCAUUUGCGGCAUGCGCCGUCCGUCACUGGAUCAUCACGAUGGCGACCUGAGUCGUCUCACAUCAGCAUCCUCCCCGGCUGAGGGCAGCAUAGCACCGUGUCAGAGUGACGAGGUGAAAGUUGAGAUACCACCGUCGUAUUUGCCCAAAAUCAUUGAGCCAUUUGAUUGGCAAAAUACGCGGAAGCGGAAGGAGCGACAGGAUAGUACGUCCUCCCAGAAUCAGGAUAGGAAGCUGGUGAGGUCCAAUAGUGAGGAGCAUAUCAGUGUGUCGGAGUACGAUGUGAUUCGACGUGUGUCGUCCCAUGAGGACUUUAAGAAACCACUGCCACCUCGGGCCACACUCGAUCCACAUCCCGCUCCUGACUUGGAACCUGACAAGGAUGCGGUGGCGGAGGAGCCAUCGCCGCGAAUGUCGCCUAAUCAUGAGGUAAAACGCAAAGAUCCAGAUGGAUCUGAUGGGGAACACGAAAGACGACGCAGUAGUGAACGUUUUUCACGCACUAGAGCACCGCCUGGACGCAAAGCUCUUUCCCCGCGGAAGCUGGGAAAGCACGUUGUGGCCAAGUUGCGUGAGAGGGAUGAGAAUCUCUAUAAGUACGACAAUUCAGCGCUUAAGCAUGAGCGCAGGGGAUUUGUGAGUCGUGAAAAGGCUCCGGUAAAGCCCAAAGAGACCAGUGAUUCGUCUUCGGCGUCAGACUUGCUGUCGCCUGUGUCGGAUUUCAAUGAUAACAACCUCAUUGAUCUCAAUGAGGAAGCAGAACCGAAGAAUCACACAAUCCCCCAGGAGAUUCUGCCAUGGAAUGUGCCAUUCCACGAGGACUCCCCCGUGGUGUGUCCGCGUUUUGCUGAGAAUACCUUCGAUCAUGUGCACAACUCGAGUGAGAACUAUGCCAAAGUUCGCAGCGUCCCGUCAAUGAUUGAGAUGAAGACGGGGAAAUUUACGAGCAUUGAGAACCUCAAGACGCGCGAUCUCAUGAAGAAGAUGCCAAAUGUGGCGAUAACGCCGGAUGAGCGUGUGAAGCAGAUCAACAAUCGCCUGUCGAAGCUUAAGAAACGUGUGGCGCAAUUUGAGGAGAACUUUGAGAAGGACUAUGGGUACAAACCCCCACGCAUUGAGACACUCAAUGAUAAGGCCAUGAAGAGCAUUGUGUCGGAGAUUCAAAAGUUAAAGCGCGAGAAGCAUUGCAUUAAAAGUGAUCCCAUUGCUGGGAUUAUGGAUGCCAAGGACACAUCCGCGGGGCAGGAGAAGCCACACGGAGAUAUCAAACUGAGUCAGAUGCAGGAGACACUGACGGACAUUGAAAUGGUCCUCCAGGAACGCAGAAAGGAAGAAGAUCGUCCGGAAAAGAUGGAGGAUUUGACUGUGGAUCAACUGAUGCAGGAGAAGACAGCCAUUCAGCGUGGUUUGCUGUACCUAGAGUCCAUCUAUGGGCGUCCCAGCUCACGCGAGGAACGUGAUUUGGCGCGUCCACUGUACGAUAGGUAUCGUCAGAUAAAACGAAUGCUCAACCGAAGUUCCGUUCUCAAUGCAUCCGGCGGUGGAAUGGCUGAAUUGCCGACAAUCCUCGAGCACGAAGCAAUGGCAUUCACAGUGACGGCAACCACCAGUACCGACGUCACUCCACCAUCUGUCCCAUCCACAGUGGAGUCUCCAUCAGAGACUACCGUGUCUUCGAGUAAGAGCACAGAUUCCACAGAAGACUCCAGUUCGGCCAAUGACAAUGUGCACACACUUUCCAUUCACGAGUUGUGGCAGCAGCUGGACACAGUGCGGGAUGAGAAGAGGGACCUCAGGCGCACCAUAAAGGAGUUUGAGCAUUCAUUUGAGAAGGACAACGGGCGGAAGAUGCUCAAGAGUGACCGGAAGGCCAUCGAGGAGACGUAUGCGCUGUACAAACAGAAAAAGGGAAAGCUCCGACUAUUGGAUGCUCUUGUGAAGAAGCACAUGUCGUACUAAAAGAGCAACGAAUCCUCACAUGUUCUUUUUUGUUUUCGGUUUGUACACUUUUUCUUUCUUUUUCUUUUUGAAAUUUCCUCAUUUUAUUCAGUUCCUAAACUACCUGCCCUCCUUUCCUGUUAAGCAAUGAAAAAUUUAAGUAAAAAAAGAAAA